CAGACAAGGACAAUAUGUCUAGCAGUAGCCUCUGCUCCAUGUCUAAAAAUAGCAAUAAGGUUCCAUCAGAAAAAAUCCUCCGAGCUGGAAAGAUAUUACGGAAUGCAAUUCUCUCUCGGGCCCCUCACAUGAUAAGAGACCGGAAGUAUCAUCUGAAGACGUACCGACAAUGCUGUGUCGGAACAGAACUGGUAGAUUGGAUAAUGCAGCAAAGUUCAUGUGUUCAUUUACGCACCCAGGCAGUGGGCAUGUGGCAGGUAUUGCUGGAGGAGGGUGUUCUUAAUCACGUGGAUCAAGAGCAACACUUCCAGGACAAGUACUUAUUUUAUCGAUUUCUGGAUGAUGAGCAUGAAGAUGCCCCAAUGCCAACAGAGGAAGAGAAGAAAGAAUCUGAUGAAGAACUACAAGACAUCAUGCUUCUGCUCUCUCAGAUUGGACCCGAUGCCCAUAUGAGGAUGAUUCUUAGAAAGCCGCCUGGGCAGAGAACUGUGGAUGACCUAGAAAUUAUAUAUGAAGAACUUCUGCAUAUAAAAGCUUUAUCUCAUCUUUCGACAACAGUAAAGCGGGAGUUAGCAGGUGUUCUAGUGUUUGAAUCACACCCCAAAGCAGGAACAGUUUUAUUUAAUCAGGGAGAAGAGGGGACCUCGUGGUAUAUUAUUCUAAAGGGAUCAGUAAAUGUAGUCAUCUAUGGCAAGGGUGUGGUCUGUACACUACAUGAAGGCGAUGAUUUUGGCAAGUUAGCAUUAGUGAAUGAUGCUCCAAGAGCAGCUUCCAUUGUUUUAAGAGAAGAUAACUGCCACUUCUUGAGGGUAGACAAGGAAGAUUUUAACAGGAUACUCCGGGAUGUUGAAGCAAACACAGUAAGACUUAAGGAACACGACCAAGAUGUCUUGGUCCUGGAGAAGAUCCCAGCAGGAAACAGAGCCUCUAAUCAAGGAAAUACACAGCCUCCUCAGCACAAGUACAUUGUGAUGUCAGGAACACCAGAGAAAAUUUUAGAACACUUCCUAGAAACAGUGCGUCUUGAAUCAGCAUUAAGCGAUGGAACAGAUGCUGGCGUAUAUGAUUUUGUUAUGAUGCAUUGCGUGUUCAUGCCAAAUAAUCAGCUUUGUCCAGCUUUGAUGGCCCAUUACCAUGCUCAGCCUUCCCAAGGGACUGAGCAAGAAAAAAUGGAUUACGCUCUAAACAAUAAAAGGCGAGUCAUUCGCUUAGUUCUGCUAUGGGCUGCUUUGUAUGGUGAUCUCCUGCAAGAGGAUGAAGCUGCAAUGGCCUUCCUGGAGGAAUUUUAUGUAUCUGUAUCAGAUGAUACGAGAGUGAUUACAGCACUCAAAGAUCAACUCCCAGAACUAGAAAAGACUAUGAAACAAAUAUCAGAAGAUGCUAAAGCACCUCAGAAAAAGCACAAAGUUCUUUUGCAGCACUUCAACACAAGUGAUGAAAGGACACAGAAACGUCAGCCCAUCAGAGGCAGUGAUGAGAUUUUGUUCAAGGUAUACUGCAUUGAUCACACCUAUACCACCAUCCGCAUUCCCGUGUUGUCUUCUGUUAAAGAAGUCAUCAGUGCUGUGGCUGACAAACUGGGCUCUGGAGACGGCUUGAUAUUAGUGAAGAUGAGCUCGGGAGGAGAAAAAGUGCUGCUCAAACCUAAUGAUGUUUCAGUGUUUACAACACUCAGUGUUAACGGACGACUCUUUGCUUGUCCUCGAGACCAGUUUGAUACACUGACACCGCUACAGGAACAAGAAGGCCCAUCUACUGGAACUGUGGGAACAUUUGAACUCAUGAGCUCCAAAGACCUGGCGUACCAGAUGACAAUUUAUGAGUGGGAGCUUUUCAACUGUGUGCAUGAGCUGGAACUAGUCUUCCACACGUUUGGAAGGCACAAUUUUAGAAAGACUACAGCAAAUUUGGAUUUGUUUUUACGAAGAUUUAAUGAAAUCCAGUUCUGGGUAGUCACAGAAAUUUGUCUUUGUUCUCAGCUCAGCAAACGCGUUCAACUCUUAAAGAAGUUUAUCAAGAUUGCAGCCCACUGCAAGGAAUACAAAAAUCUGAAUUCAUUUUUUGCUUUAAUCAUGGGACUAAGCAAUGUCGCAGUAAGCCGCCUCACAAUGACAUGGGAGAAACUUCCAAGCAAGUUCAAGAAGAUCUAUGCAGAGUUUGAAAGCUUAAUGGACCCCUCAAGAAACCACAGGCCCUACAGACUCACUGUAGCUAAACUGGAGCCUCCUAUUAUUCCCUUUAUGCCUCUUCUCAUAAAAGACAUGACAUUUACCCAUGAAGGGAACAAGACGUUUAUUGACAGUCUAGUGAACUUUGAAAAAAUGCGCAUGAUUUCAAACACUGUUAGAACAGUGAAAUUCUGCCGGAGCCAGCCUUUCAAUCCUGAUGCAUCUCUGGCGAACAAGAACCAUCAGGAUGUCCGGAGUUAUGUACGACAAUUAAGUGUGAUUGACAACCAGAGGACUUUAUCACAGAUGUCACACCGACUAGAACCACGGCGUGCUUAAGCAGUUCCAAGUGAUUACACCUCCCUUUUUGUCUCCCGUACAAGGUCAUUUGUUAAGAAGGCCACCUCUUCCCGCUAAUGCACUGCCACUACAAAUAUAAGUAACAACAGAUUGUGACAUCUUUGAUAAUUAACGCACAAUCUACCUGCUGUCCCUAAGAAACAACAGAGGAGUUUGGCUGUUGAAGAGGUCAUACGUUGUAGCUGGGAGGUUACUGGUGUAUACUUAGUUAAUUCUAAAAAAAAGUGUUGUACAGAAUAGAAAUCUUUAUUUAAAGAGAGGGUGAGAAAGAGAAAAUGCUCUGAAACCUGGUAAGAAGAGAACCUAAAACUUCUCCCGUUUCUGUGGGUUCUCCUAUCUAAUGAAAUAAACUGCAGUAUUUUAAAUUUAUUAUUGACAUGCAGAUUUUGCCAUUGAUUUUGCAUGUUUAGCUCAGAUGAGCUUCAGUAGCAAAAUAAAAUAAAAUAACUAAUGGCAUAAAAUAGGUACAGUUACUUACUACCAUGGUUUUGGCAUUCAGAGAAUAGUUAAAGCCUUUCUCUGCAAAAGAAGUCUAUUUUUGAAAAGUCGCAUCUUAACCACAUUUGCCUUACAGCAGUAGAGCAUUGUGGACCCAUUAGUAACCCUGGGACUGACUGGGUCUCUAAGAUUUAGGUACAUUAUGUGUUUACAUUUCACUUCUUUUGUGUGUGUGUUUAACUGCCAAUCUGGAUUUUGAAGACCGCAAAGACAAAGGGCAAUGAAGGUUUUUUGGAGGUGGGAACAGCAUUAAAAGCAGCAAACCCCCACAACCACCACAAGUUCUUUUUUUUGAAAAAAGAGCACAAUAUGCACAAUUUAUUUCAAGGUAAUAUUUUCCUGGAUGCUGAAACCUUCAACAUCAGCUAUACUUUGGGCUGAUCAGGUCAUAUUUCUGGACCUUAAACUUUACAAAAAUCUUCUAAUUUUCAGGAAUAAUUUUGCACUUUUAAAUGGGCAGUAUACAUAAAUGUUAAUUCAUUGUGACAGUUUAUUUCUUUGUGUUAGUCACUGUGCCAUAAUUAUUAUUUUUAUCUAUUUUGUUUAGCAUGUAAUGGAAAUACAAUUUUGAUCUUUGAACUUGGUCUACGUUUCAUGCCUACAAGGAGUGUGUUAUGUGUUUCAUGUAAAUAAAAUGCACUGUCUUCAUUAAAAGUAACU